GCGAGCGAUUCUGCGCGGGCCGGCGGGCCUGGCGGGGCGGGCCCUUCCGGCGGAGCGAGGAUGGCGGCGGAGAACCACUGCGAUUUCCCGGUUCCCCCGGUCGGCGGCCUCGGCCCGGGCGGGUCCUGCCGCCGGUGCAGCUCCGCGCCGCCUGGCGCCGUGCCCGGGAAGUGGGUCCGGCUGAACGUGGGGGGCACCUGCUUCCUGACCACUCGGCAGACGCUCUGCAGGGACCCCAAGUCCUUCCUCUUCCGCCUCUGCCAGGCCGACCCCGACCUGGACUCAGACAAGGAUGAAACAGGUGCCUAUUUAAUAGACAGAGACCCGACCUACUUUGGGCCAGUACUGAACUAUCUCAGACACGGGAAACUGGUUAUUAAUAAGGACCUAGCUGAGGAAGGUGUACUGGAAGAGGCUGAAUUCUACAAUAUCACAUCACUAAUAAAACUGGUAAAGGACAAAAUAAGAGAAAGAGACAGCAAAAUCUCACAGGUGCCAGUCAAACAUGUGUACAGAGUGCUGCAGUGCCAGGAAGAGGAGCUCACUCAGAUGGUUUCUACAAUGUCUGAUGGCUGGAAAUUUGAACAGCUUGUCAGUAUAGGUUCCCAGUACAGCUGUGGCCGGGCCCAGCAGUCAGAGUAUCUGCUGAUAGUGUCACGGGAAGAGAGAUGCUUCCAGAAAUGCUGCAGUGAGCUGGUCAGUAUUGGUUCUUCCUAUAACUAUGGCAAUGAAGAUCAGGCUGAAUUUCUGUGUGUUGUCUCAAAGGAAUUGCAUAAUACUCCCUAUGGCACAACCAGUGAACCCAGUGAAAAAGCAAAGAUUUUGCAAGAACGAGGUUCCAGGAUGUGAAGACAAUAUUGAAUGGUGACAGGUUUUUUUCUCUUUUAUUCCAAGACACAGUGAAUUGUCACACUGAAGAGGCUUGGCUGCAAAAGAAAAAAAUCCAAUUUAGACAAUUUUCUGUUGAUCUGGGUUCAACCAUUUUUGCCUCUAAGCUGGUGUCAACUGGCUGAAAGCAUUGCAAGAUUACAUAAUGGGAAUAUAUGGUGUGGGAGUGUGUGUACAGUUCUGGUUGUAGUGCAUGGUCGUACCUCUUGUGGGCUGACUGGCACUGGUCACUUGAAAAGAAAUGACCAUGCACUCACAUUUUCCUCUGAGACAUGUAGCACUUAAUGUCUGGUGCUGGAUGACCCAAUGUUGAUCAGUUCAGAGACAUUUUCCUACUAAUCAUUGUAAACGUUUAAAGGACAAUGUAUUUGGUGCUACACACACACGACAGCCUGCAAAUGCAAAUAUUUGGGCCUAUGUUGUUUCAGAAUCAGUGGCAGCCCUAGUUGACUCUGUUAAACUGCACAUUCCUUAUGUCUCCGUGACAUACUUUAUUAUGUAAUAACAGCCUAGGAGAUCAACUGAAACUAGCAGUAAAAAGUUACACAACAGAUGAAGGAAGGGUGUACAUAUUGACUGGAUUUAUAGCAUAUUUUAAUACGCAAAGGGAAGACUAAACUCAGAGAAAAUGGCCUUCAUCUGAGUUAUUCCUGAUGUUCCUUCUGUUGAAACAGUCUCCUCCUGCAAAAGUUAUGCUCCAGUCUUAGCCAGAUGUUUGGAAGGGGAAUCAAAAUUCAUUUAAAGUGAUCAAAUGAACAUUCUGUUUCUUUUGAGAUGUUUGUUCUCAUAUGUGUGUUUGUGCUUUUGUAAAAUGCCUACAAGCAUUGAACUGUGUGGAUUUUGGUAGAGAUUUUUAAAGAGCCGGACGUUGUACAGAAAUACGAGUGGUUAGACCUAGAUCCCUAUCCCCAUGACUGGGAUUAAAAUCAACCUUGAGUGUGAACACAAGCUCAUCUGAUUGAAAAACUGAAUUACUUCAGACAUUCAGGAUACCUGUAACCAGUCUUUCUGUACUGUUUCAACUAUGCAGUUCAAGAACACUGUUUGGAAACAUCUGGUGCAGCUUUAUUAGUUUGUCCUUGAAGGCUAAUACACAAGACUGGAGCUUUUAAUACACUAUGUUUUGAGCAAAAUCUUCAGCACAUAUUUAAAACACUUAAAGAAAUUGACAGUAUAAAACGGCUUCAUUAUGAAAGCAGUAGAUGGGAGUUUCAGAAAGCUACAAGAUUGUUUUGAAUUCUAAAGACAUUACAGUUUCCAUUCUCAGUAACCAGAAUUUAUGCCUGUACUCUAGGUAAUCCUUUACACAAAAGCCUGAUUUUCAAACACCUGAGGUCUAUUUUUUUUUUUAAAGGACUUAUACAUUGAUAGAAGUUUGACAGAAAAAAUUUGUAAAAAACAUUUCUACUAAGCAGGUUAAGCAGUGGGCUAAAUGUUUUGUCCAUGCUGCAUCUAGUGCUUGAAAGGGUUUGUAACGCAUUUUGCGACUUGGAUGUGGUCUGCACUGGAAGCUGCUGGCCCCUCCACACAACACAUAAAAUGUUUGUCUUUUUUUAAGGUGUUAAAACUGAAUUGAAUUUAUUAAAAAUGUAAUUGUGUAGGGGGGAAAUGUUUCUACUUUUAUACUUUUUUAGGCACCCAUAUUUUACCAGCUUAAAUUUAGCACCCAAAUUUCCCCUAAAUAGUAACAGAUUAUCUUGUGUAUCUGAAAAUAAGCAUGAGUUGUCUGUGUUAACUGCAUAUUAAAACAUUUCCUCUGCUGCAGUAGUCACUGUGUUUUUAAACAGGAUGACUCCACCGAAUUCUCUGAGCUUCCUGGCUCGUGGAAUUGCAGCCAACCAUGUUUCUUGUUGUUUUCUUGAUGUGGAGUAAUUUUGCAUUAGCCUAAGUGGAUUUUAAUGCCUAAAAUACCUGUUUUACAAUGAUCCUUCUAAAUCAGCAUUUCUGUUGUCUCUCUUACGUAAACCAAAAAAGAGAGAGUAUUUGAUUUCAUAAAGUGAAAUUUUUAAGAAUGACAACAGCAAAGCAUGAGUAACAAAAUGAGCAAACUGAACAAAUUCAGAUUAUGUUAAAGAGAGGGGGUUUCUUAGUAUGCUUCGUUCACUGGAGUAUUUUCAGUUUAAAAACAUGCUUUUAUGGUGAGAUUACCUGCAAUCCAGUUUACAUUGUUUUGCUGUUGUAGCAAAUUUUGGGGAAAUGAGUGAUUAAUUAUUUUGCACUUUUUUCCAAUACCUCAGAAAGAUUUUAAGAAAGAAAAAUAAAAGAGAACUUUAACAGGCAGGUACCUUAUACAUUAUUUUAAAUAUGCUGUUGUUUGAGACCACCCAGACUAAGUACUUUUCUUUGCUUGCUCAUAUCAUUAUUGCUUUAAUUUUUGUGAGGCUUUCAGACAGAUGGAAGUGCUACUGUAUGCCUUUUUCAAGGCAUUAAGAAAUUAUUCCUAAGUAAGUUUGAGGGGUUUUUUUAUUUGACUUGUAAUUUCAAAUAAGAUUAGCUACAGUAACACAGGUGACUGCAUUAGAGUCCAGCCUAAUUGCCAUGUUUUGCCAACAUUGCUUCCUCUGGUAAGACCUUGCAGGAUGAUGAGGUAAUGUUUAAACUGGAUUCCUUUGUUUCUUUUUCUGUCAUUUUAAGAGUAUUUACCUCAGAAUAACUGCCUAUCACUGUUUAAAGCUGAUGGGUUCACUAGGGGCUGUAGUUGAAAAGCUGUACUGCAAAAGCCUUUUACUCUGGAUUGACACAGCUUCUCUAUUCUUAAAUCAAAAGAGUAUUUCAGUUUAGAAUUUUGGAUCUUGAGCACAAAGAGACCAUAGCAGAAGGAAACAAAGCACGAAGGGAGAGAUAACAAAACAUAACAGUUAAGCAACUUGACCUCUCAUGAAAAUGUAAUUUCUGUGAAAGAUUUAACUUUCUACCCAUUUGCUAUAUUCAUAGUCUCAAUUCAGUGAAGUUAUUUGGCAUGUUGUCCAUGGAACAGGGCGUUACUUCAGCAGAUUAACUAGUGGAUUUUCAGUGAAAUUCUUUAAAGGCAUUUACAUGACUCCUUGCAAAACUUGUUCAAAAACUGAGAAGUUCAAAUUUACCGUAGCAAUUUCUUGCUUUGAGCUAGGAAACAGUACCCUGUUUGCCUUAGCUUUCGUAGAGGCUAAUUUUCUGUAUUGGAGAUGACAUUUUUUUAUUAAAUGCUUUUUACUUCUUCAAGCAGCAAUUAAAUCAGUUUAUCUGCAAUGAACAAGCCAUUCUGAGGCCUCUGAGACAUGAAUGUCACCUGGUCCAUAAUAAUCGUCCAAAAGUAUAGUCUGAUGCAGCAGCUUCCACAGUUAAUGUGGAAUAGGUUUGUUUGGUUUUGACAAAAGAAAAAAGGUUACCUGGAAUUUUCUCCCACUUAUGUGGGGGUUUCCAUAGAUUAUGGCUAAUUCAAUUUGUUAUCCCACAGUAAUUCAGUUGUGUGUAAAAAGCCUGAUUGUAUUUAGAAACUUAUAUUGAUUCCCUACUAAACUUUCAGUUCUCAGAAUCAUAUACUAAAAAAAUGUGGAAAAUGUACUGUUUCUUUUUUUUUAAACUCAGCUAGGUUUCUUGUAGUGAUAAAAGUUCCUUUCACCUUUCAUUGUAGCAUUAGUAAAAGAUAUUUCUUAAGAAAUUGAGCUUGAUGUAUUCAUCCAACUUUUUUGUCUUCAGAUUUUUUUCAGAAGAAAUGGAGCUGUGUAGCUCCAUUUCUAGCACUGUGAAUGCACAGUUAUGAUUGGUUAGAAACAGGACAAUUUCCUGAAAAUACCAAAACUGAAUCAACCUCAUCUUUUUCUGUGAGAGGGGGUUUUUUUUCAGGAGCAAAAUGAAAACUUCUAGCAGAUUAAACAAGGAAAGAAGCUUGAUUGCAGGUGUGCUUAGGGAGCCUGUUGAGUAGGAUGGUGAUGUUUUCAGAAACCUGCUUCAUAAAACAGAACACUGUUCUGUGAACAGCUGUUCAGGUUGUUAAGAGUUGUCAGUCUCUGAGCAGCAGAGAGCUACCACCAGAAGAGUAGCACACAUAAAUGUCUUUUUCUUAGUUCUACAAAAAAUAAGCUGGGAAUGCAAAAAUGCAAUAAUAUCUGACUGAAUGAAAUGACCUAGAAACUAGAUUAGAAUGUGUAUUGUCCAGUCCUUCAGGUAUACUGGAAUACAUUCCUUGAGAAAUACUGAGAGAAAAGCAAAGUACUGGGUUUUUCAAGGAGAUCGAAGUCAAGAGAAAAAGAGUGGAGAUGAAACCUGAGAUGUGAUAAUAUCAGAAAGUGUCACUCUCCUAUUUUAUUCUCUCCCUCAUCACAUCAAAAGCAUCUUUCAAGUUUUGAAAACAAACUUCUUCAAUCAGUCCUGAAAGGUGGGGCCCUUGAAAAGACAGGAGAUUCUGUUAUGCCUCUAACAGUAUCUGUUAGCUCAGGACAGUAGGGUUUAAACUUCCAGUGGUCAUUGGAGAGGUGUCUUUUCUAACACAGCAAGCUUGAAAUACAUACCAGCUGGGGAUGCUGCUUGUUGCUUCAGUAUAGUUCAAAUUGCAGUCAUCUCCAGCUUUAAGGACAAUCUGAGGAUCUGGGGUUUUGUGUAGAAUUACUCAUUCUCAAAAUAGUAUAAAUAUUCGGAUGGCUUUCUGAACUCAGUGUCAUAUAACUUUUCUUUCUUUUGGCUCACAACAUUCAGGAGCUGUCUUUAAAGACUUCUAAGUGAACUGAAGCUUCAAAGGGCUAAAUAGAUCUUAUUGUUCAGUUUGCCUAAAUGAGUGUCAGACAGAAGGUCCUUUUUCCAUUUUCAGUUCAGAAAUGCUAAGGGCUAAAAUCCUUUCCAGGGCUAAUUUGAAGUUCAGAGACAUACUAUGUUUAAAAAGCAGCUAGUCUCUUUUUCUUUCAACUCAUGGACUCUAAUGUUUGCAAAUGGCUGAACCAGUUGCAGAUACAAGUGUUGAUACAUGGCUUGGAAUUUCAGUAUCCAGCUUGGUAAGGAAUACACUAGAGAAGACAGUAUAUUUGUCCACCACUUUAUUAUUGCCUGUGCUGAAAUCUAACAACCUUUAUGAACAGCCCUGGCAAUAGAGACACUUUGGGGAAGAUUCUGCUCCAGGACAUUGUCACUGAAUAUCUCAUUGUAACUUACCUGUCCUUCACUUCAGCAAGGUCUACCAAGGCAUACACUCGUCAGACGUUCAGUGCUUCAGCUUUCUGGGCCCAGCAGAGGGUUCUCUUUAGAAUGUGUGUUGCUAACUACUGUAGUGAGAGUAACUUUUUGGAAAGUUACUUGGCUACUUUGAGAGUGCGUGGAAGGGGCAGGGUUCUGUGACAGCACUCUCCUCGCCUUAGAAAGCUGAGUCUAAAUUUUUACUUAACACUUGUUGAGAUUUCCAGGCCUGGUAAAGUAAGAGUCAGUCACGAUUCUUUCUUCUUUUGAAGAAUUUCCAGAAGCUUAUGCACAACUCUACUGAAACUUAACUUGGCACAUGUACUUGCUAGCAUGAAGCAAGUACCAAGGCGCUGUAAGAGAAAUGUUGCUGACCUGUCUACCUGGAACUGAAACAAGAUCAGCAAACCAAAGGACUAUCAAAUGGCAACUAUCUCCACCUGCUUCUGUCCUGAGCCUCAUCUGAGCCUAGCUAUGAAAAAUCUAUUUCCUAUGAAUUCCCACUUACCCAGUUCAACUGAUGUUCUUUUUUUUCCCUCUUCUCCCAAAUCACUGGUCUCGAAAUCAGUUGUGCAUCAGCUGUUUGUGUUGAUAUCCAAGUGGCCAUACUUGUAACAUGUUGUUUCCUGGGUAGUGCGUUAGCAAUAACACUUUAUUUUGUGCCAAUUCAUUAUCUCUGAAGUGUUCUUACUGCAGCAAAGUUUUGAGUUUUGAUCUGGUUUUAAUGCAUUUGCAUUAGCCAAAACUCUUAGCACAGACAUAGACAAGAAACUGAAUCCAUGGAAUUUCCCUGGAUACAAAUCUGCUAGGGCUUCCCAGAUAAUUUUAAGAUGGUCACAGUUAACCAUCAUUUUUAAAACAAACAUACAAUUAAAAUAUGUGUGGGUAUUUUUUUAACCUUUUCAUAACACUAGCGUAUUGUAAACUGCAUGAAAUAAACCUGUUUUUUUCCCUUUUAAA